AUGGCUGCUUAUUCCGAUGAGAGACCUCCGGGCUCUAGCUCUUCGGACCCUGAGAAAAUUCUGGAUUCCAAGGAUCCGCUUGCUGCAGCAGGGUUCGAGGAUCCCGAUGCAGGAUUGAGUGAUGAAGAAAGAGCGGCCAUCGAUCGCAAACUACUAUGGAAACUCGAUCUUCGCCUCGUUCCAUGGCUCAGUCUACUUUAUCUCGUCUCAUUCCUUGACCGAACAAACAUCGGCAAUGCAAAGCUAGUCGGUCUCCAGACAGAUCUGGGCAUGACAAACUCCCAAUACAAUUUGACCCUGACGAUAUUUUUUGUUUCAUACUCGGUCUUCGAGCCAUUGACAAACAUCCUGCUCAAGCGGUUACGACCAAGUAUAUUCAUUCCUCUAAUCAUGAUUGCAUGGGGACUCUGCAUGACCUUCAUGGGUUUCGUCAAAAGCUACGCCGGUCUCAUGGUAGUGCGCUGGUUCCUGGGGCUAUCAGAAGCAGGCCUGUUCCCCGGCGUGGGAUACUUCCUAUCAUGUUGGUAUAGGCGCUGCGAGUUCGGCGUGCGCAUGGCAAUCUUCUUCUCCGCCGCAGCUCUUGCAGGAUCCUUCGGUGGAUUGUUAGCAGCCGCUAUCGCGAAGAUGGACGGCGUGGGCGGCAAGCCGGGCUGGUCCUGGAUUUUUAUUCUCGAAGGCAUUUUGACAAUCGUCAUUGGUAUCGCAUCGUUUUGGUGUGUCUAUGAUUUCCCCGACCAGGCAAGCUUCUUGUCGGAUAUCGACCGGAAGCGCGUGCUUAGACGCCUUGCUAUGGACCAGCAGUCGAGUGCUGAGCAUGAGGAGUUUAAGAUGGAUUAUUUCUGGUCCAGUGUGAAGGAUUGGAAGACUUACACCGGUGCGGUUAUAUAUAUGGGAGCGGAUGGCUCGCUUUAUGCUUUCUCUCUUUUCGUGCCUACUAUUAUCAGCGAACUCGUGAGUUAUUCCAUUGCCAUGGGGAGGAUUUCACAGCUAACAUUCUACAGGCUGCUCAGUGUGCCACCCUAUGCCGCUGCUGCAGUUUUGACGAUCACAGUUGGUUUCAUUGCAGAUCGCACCAGACAACGUGGGCUCUGUAAUAUGGCCGUCUCUAUUCUCGGCAUGGUUGGAUUCUCUAUGCUGCUGGGAUGUAAAACAGCCGGUGGCCGCUACGCUGGAGUCUUCCUCGGAGCCAUGGGCAUCUACCCCGCCAUUGCGAAUACAAUUUCGUGGACUAGUAACAAUACAGAAGGCGUGUACAAACGAGGUGUUUCUCUAGGAUUCAUCAUCGGCUGGGGCAAUCUCAACGGUAUUGUCUCAUCUAACAUCUACCGUGAUGGUGAUAAGCCCAGAUACUACCCUGGCCAUGGUGUGGUGCUCGGCUACCUAGUCCUAUUCCUCUUCGGAGGAUCCGUGGUGCAGUACUUACUGCUGCAACGUGAGAAUGCCAAGCGCAGACGUGGCGAACGCGACCACUUGAUCGAAGGCCUGGACCAGGGCCAGAUUGAUUUGUUGGGCGACCAGAGACCGGAUUUCAUUUACACACUGUGA